UGCAGAUGGAAAUGUGCCACGUCCUGCAGCCUGCCAAAAGAGAGAAGAGCUUCGUUCAUGAUACGUUUCCUUCUUCAUAGCCCAGAGAUGUAGGCACUUAGGAAGCAUUUUGCUAGCCAAAGUGAAAAGGAUGGAGGCAGCCUUUAUAAGCAGCUGCCAGUCUCGUCACCAGAGCCCAGUGCCAGCCCCCGAGGACCAGCUCCAUCUCCCUGCUGGGAUCGGCGGCAGAGCUGGGACUGUGUGAAAGGCUGCGGGUAUGGAACGCAUUAGUUAAGAGCAGGGGUGGGAAGAGGGAGGCUUGGGACAUUCUGCUUGUAGCGGCCGCCAAAACCGUGGCUGUCCAAAAGGCUGUGUAGGAGGGUGAAGGCGUGCGGAUGGCCCUGAUGAGCAGCGCUUUUUGUUCUGAAACAAAAGGAAAUGCCACCUACAGCAAAGGCAUCGCCCGCUGAACAACAGUCCUGCAGCCUUUGACUUCGGUUGGCAGAAGGGGAAGAACCCUUGAGAUCAACGUGGGGAGAAAGAAGAAAAGCAGUGAAGGAGUCGCUGUGUGAUGCACGACAGAUCUGAGCCGAAGUGCAGAAGUGCUGGCGAAAAAGAGACUUGGCAAUAGAAACUGUCUACUCCAGACUGAACCGAUAAAGCCCAGGAGCCCCUCACACGCCACCCCCCGACAUCCUCCGCCGUUCAGCAGGAGCGAGCCCGUGUCACACAGGAAUGGCAGAGCAUCAGCCGCACAGCAGCGAUGAGAGAGACUGACAUUCGUACAAGUCUCUUCUGGCUCCUUCUCCACAAUGGCUGGUGCCUCUGCAUAUUCAUUGGAUGGUAAUGCAGGAUGUCGAGAGCGGCGGUAGAGUUUGGCUUGGUCCCAUUGUGUUUUUCUUCUGCCGGUUGAGAGUUUGAAUCACCAUGACAACGCUGUGACACUUCCAGCAACGGUUGCCCGCAGACCAAGGGUAGGCUAGGGGUGGGUGAGAAGGUCAAUGAUUGAGUCUAACGGGAUCAAAAGUUGUGCCUGCAGCAAAACGACUGUAGAAAAGCCGUCGGUACGACAUGAAGAUGAAAUUCCCCUUCUAUUGGCUUCUCGUUAAGCAGGCGCAAUAACAUUUUUUUUCGAGAGACUCGCUAUAAAAACUCUUUUGGUUAUGGCUACUGAUCCAACGUGAUUGGGCGCGCAGCGACUUUUGAACUCAUGACUGGAUAUACGAUGUUGCGGAAUGGGGGAGUGGGGAACGGAGGCCAGCCGUGGGUGUUGAGGUGGUCCAGUCGGAUCCGGCUCACGUGGCUUAGUUUCACCCUCUUUAUUAUCCUUGUCUUCUUUCCCCUCAUUGCCCACUACUACCUAACCACCAUCGAUGACGCGGACGAUGCCGGCAAGCGCAUCUUUGGCCCUCGGACUGGCAAUGAGCUGUGCGAGGUAAAGCAUGUGCAAGACCUGUGUCGCAUCCGCGAGUCGGUCAGCGAGGAGCUGCUCCAGCUGGAGGCCAAGCGGCAGGAGCUCAACAGCGAGAUCGCCAAGCUCAACUUGAAGAUCGAGGCCUGCAAAAAAAGCAUUGAAAAUGCCAAGCAGGACCUGCUGCAGCUGAAGAACGUCAUCAGCCAGACCGAGCAUUCCUACAAAGAGCUGAUGGCUCAGAAUCAGCCCAAGCUCUCCUUGCCCAUCCGGCUCCUGCCAGACAAAGACGAUGUGACCUUCCCCUUGCCAAAAUCCAACCGGAACUGCAGGCUGCACAACUGCUUUGACUACUCGCGCUGCCCAUUGACAUCUGGCUUUCCAGUCUAUGUCUACAAUAGUGAUGAUUACCCUUUUGGUAGUUCCUUAGACCCUUUAAUUAAACAAGCCUUUGAGGCGACUGUCAGAACUAAUGUUUAUGUUACUGAAAAUGCAAAUAUUGCUUGUGUGUAUAUAAUUUUAGUGGGGGAAAUGCAAGAGCCCGUAAUGCCAAAACCUACUGAACUAGAGCAACAGUUGCACUCUUUGCCAUAUUGGAGGACUGAUGGACAUAACCAUCUCAUCAUCAAUUUAUCAAGGAAAUCGGAAACUCAGAACUUCAUUUACAACAUCAGCACAGGGCGCGCCAUGAUUGCCCAGUCCACCUUUUACGAUGUGCAGUAUCGACCGGGGUUUGAUAUUGUGGUAUCGCCUCUGGUCCACGCUAUGUCUGAACCUAACUUCCUAGAAAUCCCGCCCCAGGUGCCGGUCAAGCGUAAAUAUCUGUUUAGUUUCCAGGGGGAGAAGAUUGAGUCUCUCAGAUCUAGCUUGCAAGAGGUUCGCUCUUUCGAAGAGGAAAUAGAAGGCAAUGCCCCAGCUGACUACGACGAUCGGAUCAUCACCACCUUGAAGGCUGUUCAGGACAGCAAGUUGGACUUUGUUUUGGUGGAAUUCACGUGUAAGAACCAGCCUAAGGCGAGUCUGCCCACUGAGUGGGCUCUGUGUGGAGAAAGGGACGACAGACUAGAGCUACUGAAGCUAUCUACUUUUGCACUGAUAAUCACCCCAGGGGACACCCAUUUAGUGAUCUCCGCCGGGUGUGCCAUGAGACUGUUUGAGGCUCUGGAAGUUGGAGCCAUCCCGGUGGUUCUUGGAGAGCAAGUUCAGCUACCCUAUAAUGAUGUGAUCCGGUGGAACGAGGCAGCCUUAAUCAUACCAAAGCCACGUAUCACAGAAGUGCACUUUCUUCUGAGAAGCAUUUCUGACAACGAUCUCCUUGCCAUGAGGAGGCAGGGCCGCUUCUUGUGGGAGACCUACUUCUCCACUUCUGACAACGUGUUCAGCACAGUCUUAGCUAUCAUAAGGACUCGAAUCCAAAUCCCGGCUGCUCCUAUCCGAGAAGAAACCGCCGUGGAGAUUCCCCACCGCUCUGGCAAAGCUGCUGGUACAGACCCCAAUAUGGCAGACAACGGUGACCUGGACUUGGGGCCUGUGGAAACAGAACCACCCUAUGCAUCUCCCAAAUAUCUCCGUAAUUUCACCCUCACUGCAAUGGACAUCUACAGGAAUUGGAAUUCUGCUCCGGGGCCUUUCCAUCUCUUCCCCUACACUCCCUUUGACCCUGUUUUACCAUCGGAAGCAAAAUUUUUGGGGUCCGGGACUGGAUUUCGACCAAUUGGUGGAGGAGCAGGUGGCUCUGGGAAGGAGUUCCAGGCUGCUUUGGGUGGCAACGUCCCCCGGGAGCAGUUCACAGUAGUGAUGUUGACUUACGAGCGGGAGGAAGUGUUGAUGAACUCCCUAGAAAGGCUCAAUGGUCUCCCGUACUUAAAUAAAGUUGUGGUAGUGUGGAACUCUCCCAAGCUUCCCUCUGAGGAUCUCUUGUGGCCAGACAUUGGCGUCCCAAUCAUGGUUGUCCGCACAGAGAAAAACAGCCUGAACAACCGGUUCCUGCCGUGGGAUGAGAUCGAGACGGAGGCCAUCCUGUCCAUCGACGAUGAUGCUCACCUUCGCCACGACGAGAUCAUGUUUGGGUUCCGUGUCUGGAGAGAGGCGAGGGACCGCAUCGUUGGCUUCCCGGGGCGCUACCACGCGUGGGACAUCCCCCAUCAGUCCUGGCUCUACAACUCCAACUACUCUUGCGAGCUCUCUAUGGUGCUCACUGGUGCUGCCUUCUUCCAUAAGUAUUACGCCUACCUGUACUCCUACGUGAUGCCGCAAGCCAUCCGCGACAUGGUGGAUGAAUACAUCAACUGCGAGGACAUCGCCAUGAACUUCCUGGUCUCUCACCUGACGAGAAAGCCUCCCAUAAAGGUGACCUCCCGCUGGACUUUCCGCUGCCCCGGGUGCCCCCAGGCGCUUUCGCACGACGACUCUCACUUCCACGAGCGACACAAGUGCAUCAACUUCUUCGUCAAGGUGUACGGGUACAUGCCCCUCCUGUACACCCAGUUCCGCGUGGACUCGGUCCUCUUCAAGACCCGCCUGCCCCACGACAAGACAAAAUGCUUCAAGUUCAUCUAGAAGCGGACGCAGCCGGGCGCUCUCGGCUCUCCGGACUUGGGCCGGAGGCGGGUGAGGGCAGAGGGUGGCUCUUUGGCAGGGCGACGAGGGCAAAAUGCCUUUUGCUAUUGACUCCGGCCUCCCUCCCGCGGAGCAAAAGGGACGUCCUGGAUUUGGACGGGCACAUUUCCCCCUCCCCUCCCGCGCUCCCCGCAGCGACUCAACCGAGCGACGGGGAACAGGAUCUCACGGCUUCUGUAAAGAGACUCCCUAGGAUCGUACACUGAGGAAUGGCGCCUUGGCUAGUGGCUCUGCCCCUUCCCUAGCCAAGGGCAACCAUUCUUUUUAAUUAUAAUUAUUGUUAUUUAAAAUGAAAGUGUUUUAGAUUUGC